AAAGACAUGUCACAUGUACAAGGUAUCUAAUAUCUAUCUCCACAAAAUUGUUUAAUUUAUGAAGAAAAAGAAAUUGGGGAGAGAAAUGAGCGCCACUAGUACGGCCCAAGUGAUGACGUGGCGAGAGUAGAACGAGUUGGGACUUGGGAAUGAAAACAGAGACAGAGAGAAAAGAGAAUCAAGUACUUUCUUUUCUUCGGUCUCAUCAUGGGUCGCGCCUUAUGCUUCUCUGCUUGGUCCAAACACAGAAUCGGAGUUUGAAGAGAGACAAACUAAAUAUAUAUAAAUGAAGAAAGACAAGGGCAUCGCACUGUUUCCCCACCAAGACGAUGAACACCACAACCAAAACUACCAUGCCGCCAACAAAGACAAUACCUCCUUUCCUUCCGUUAGAUUCUCUUCUCGUAAUGCUUCUUCCAAAUACGACUUCGUCAAGGUGAAGGUGUGGUUGGGUGAUAAUGCGGAUCACUACUACGUGCUUUCCAGGUUUUUGCUCAGUAGAAUGCUGACUGUUACUAAGAUCCCAAAUCACGUAGCAAUAAAAAUCGCACUUGAGCUCAAGAAGCUGCUUAUAGACAACAGCCUUCUAGAUGUCUCUCAGUCUGAUUUGGAAGCUAAUCUGUUUAAGCUUAUGGAGCGGAGGGGUUAUGGAGAGGAGUACAUAAAUCGUUACAAGAUGAUGACCAGGUUUCAUCAUCAAAGAGUGCCACUAGUCAUUCUUGUUUGUGGAACUGCAUGUGUUGGGAAGUCCACUAUUGCUACCCAACUUGCACAGAGGCUAAAUUUGCCAAAUGUCUUGCAGACAGAUAUGGUUUAUGAAUUGCUGCGCACAUCAACAGAUGCCCCAUUGGCAUCAACUCCAGUAUGGGCGCGAGACUUCAGCUCCUCUGAGGAGUUAAUUACUGAAUUUUGCCGCGAAUGCAGAAUUGUUCGUAAAGGUUUGGCUGGUGAUCUGAAGAAAGCAAUGAAAGAUGGAAAACCAAUAAUAAUAGAGGGUAUACAUUUGGAUCCAAGCAUAUAUCUAAUGGAUGAUGAAAGCAAACUAACAUCUAACUUGCAAGAAAAAGAUAAGCAGACAAGUUCAGUAUCUGUUGCAUCAAAUGAUAGUAAAACACAAGCGGAAAAUAAUAUUUCAAAUGCUUCUAGAAGCCAUGAUGAAGUUAGUGAGCAGCAUAUUCAUUCACAAGAAGAAUUUUCAGCUAAUGAGGUGAAUAAAGUCUCUGAUCAUCUGGAAGCUAUUGAUAUAACAGGAAAUACUCAAGAGAAUACAGAUGGUGCUACUAAAGAUCCAGUAACGAAUAAAAAUUCCCCUGCAAAGAAAGAAAAGUCUGGUCCUGAAGCUAUAAUUGUACCAUUAGUAUUGAAGAUGGCUGAAUUUGACCAUAAGGCAUUACUUGAGGAGUGGAUAUCAACUCGUACAUUUAGGGAUACCAGUCUAGUCCAGGAUAAAGAUAAACUAGUAGCCAAUUUGAAAACCAUUCAGGACUAUCUGUGCUCAUUUAAAUCACAGGGUUUAUCAGUGGUCAAUGUAUCAGCUACUACAUUUCCACAAACUUUGGAUUGGUUGCAUGGUUAUCUAUUGCAGAGCAUUGAACAAGGUAUUUCAUCAUCGUCCAAUGGAAAUGAGAAGAAGGUUGGAGCUACUUAAGCUGAAUACAGAUGCUAGCUCAAGGCAGAGGUACCCAUGUAUGAAUAGAACAACGGUCCACACAAAGGUGGAUAUAAAUAAGUCUAUCAGGGUACUGAAAGCAGCCUACACAAGUCAGCUGGAUGCAUAAAACCUAAUAUAUUUGAAGAGAAGAAAAACAAAAAGAAAUAAGGGGAACCAUAUCUUUGACGGCAUUGCAGUGACCUAUUGUAAGAUUUAAAAUAAUAUAGCAUUUGUAUAAUUUCUGAAUAAUGUCAAAUUAUUGAGUGUAUGACCAGUUUCAAGCAUCUGGAUAUUACUUUAUUAGUGGUUUAUAGACGCUAAUGAGUUGGGACACAAAAGUAGAUUUAGGUAAAUUGUUGUUGUUGCUGUUUUUUUAUUUUGUAAUAGAUACGACGAAUACAUUUGUUAAAUUAUAUUACAUAACAAGCUCCAUAUCA